AUGGGUCUUCCGUCACCCGUACGGGAAUCUACUGAGGCGGUCCCCCAAUAUGAUAGCAGCGACAAUGAUAGUCUUAAAUAUACCACCGAGGUGGGUGGGAAUACCUCCAAGCCCACAUACCAGGAAGCAACGGGAGCGCCCGUUGAGGUUAAUUCCCCGCUGGGGUACUCGGUCGGUUGGGUUACUGUCGUUUUCUUGAAUUUGAGUAAGAUGAUUGGAACGGGAGUCUUUUCAACGCCAUCGACCGUCCUCAGAGGUGCCGGCUCAGUUGGUCUAUCGUUAAUAUACUGGGUCAUUGGGUAUUUGAUGGCGUCGAGCUCUCUAUCGGUCUACAUGGAAUUUGCCUCGUGUUUCCCUAGUCGGUCCGGUUCGGAGGUUGUUUACUUGGAACAGUCCUAUCCCCGACCCAAGUUCUUCUUCCCUACGGUUUUUGCGAUGCAGAUGGUGCUUUUCUCGUUUAGCAGCAGCAAUGCCGUUGUGUUGGCCCAAUAUCUUUUCAAACUCGCGGACUCUGAUUUUACACCAUGGAAGUUGAAGGGAGUUGCUAUCGCUUGUUAUACUGUCGCAGUACUGGCCCUCACGUUUCAUACUAGAUGGUCUCUGAGACUCGCGAAUGCCAUUGGGCUGGUCAAGCUAGUGACAUUGAUAUUCAUUGCGAUAACUGGGUUGGUAGUUCUCGGGGGUCAUACCUCAGUGAAAGAUCCCAAAGCAAAUUUUAGGAAUGCCUUUGAGGGUACUGGUGCCGCGACAGCCUACGGAGCAACUAACGCAUUGACCAAGGUUUGGUUCUCUUUUGCUGGCUAUGAGAAUGCCUUCAAUGUCGUCAACGAAGUCCGGAAUCCCACUAAAACCCUGAAGUGGAGUGCUCCUCUGUCGUUGGGUGUGACGGCAGUGCUAUAUAUACUGGCAAACAUUGCGUAUUUUAGCGCCGCGACCAAGGACGAAAUUUUAGAGUCGGAGGUCGUUGCCGCUGGUGUCUUUUUCGAGAAGGUAUUUGGCACUGGUGGUGCGGCUUCAGCAUUGAACUUCCUCAUUUGUGUGAGCGCUUUUGGAAAUCUUCUUGCUGUGCUCAUUGGACAGUCUCGUAUGCUGAGGGAGUGUGGAAGGCAAGGUGUGUUGCCUUUCACUUCGUUUUGGACUUCAACAUGGCCAUUUGGAACACCUCUCGGCCCAUAUUUUGUGAAAUGGGCAUUCACUGUGGUGAUGAUCCUGGCGCCGCCUGCUGGUGAUGCAUUCAAUUUCGUUGUGGAUCUUGGAGUUUAUGCAUCAAGUUUCUUUGGGUCUCUACUCACCAUAGGUCUGGUAGUCACUCGAAUUCGCCGUGCCCGGCUCAAUCUCCCAGAACCGGAACAUAAGGCCUGGCACAUUACAGUGGCGUUUGCGAUUCUCUCCAACCUGUACAUGGUUGUGAUGCCUUGGUAUCCGCCCAGUACUGGGGCCAAUGGAGGCGACGUGAGCUUCUGGUAUGCAACAUAUUGCGCGGUUGCCCUUGGAAUUGUCGGGCUCUGUGGAGUCUACUAUUAUGUCUGGAUCAAACUUCUACCUAGAAUUCAAGGAUUCAAAUGGGAGCAAACGGUUCUCACACUGGAUAAUGGUGCUUUGGCGCAUCGGCUUGUCAGGGUACCUAAGAGAAGUGCUUGA